CUCUCGCCCAUGCAAGACAGCAGCUGAGCUUCUGGAAAAUGGAAACGCGUGUUAGUAGAUAAACAACGUUUUUGUUAGUCCAUGCAUAACUAGCUAGUCAGAUGUAGUUUUAAUAUAUUUUUGCAGAAUAUAUUUGUAUCACGAAUUAACUCAGAACCCAGACAGUUACUAAUGGUCGUUUUGAGCCAGACACCGGAUGCGGACAGUUUGUCGGCCCAUACCGGACAAGUCUCGGGAUCCCAGUCACACCCUGCAGGGUCGAUGGCUGCGAAAUAAUAAUCCAUUUAUAUACAUCUAAUGCUACAACCUAAUGACGACAUGCCUCCUUUGUCACUGAUUCGGCGGUGAAGUGAACAUUUGGACUGGAUAUGACCGUCUCAUCAACACCAUGGGCAGAUCAGGGGAGAUAACACUGGACACUGUGCUGCUCUACCCACCAGACAAGUAACUCACUAGCAACAAAGUAGUUUGAAGUCCAUUCUAAUAAUCUCGCUUUUCCAUCCGCCGUGGGACAAUGGCCACUCAAAUGUACACUUUUGUCACCCGGGACGACAACAGCAGCGUUUAUGCAGAAGUUUCCAAAAUCCUCUUGUCUACUGGGCGGUGGAAGAGGCUAAAAAGAGACAACCCCAGAUUCAAUCUAAUGCUUGGUGAAAGGAACAGACUUCCUUUUGGACGCUUAGGUCAUGAACCAGGACUGGUGCAGCUGGUGAAUUACUACAGAGGGGCAGACAAGCUUUGCAGGAAGGCAUCCUUGGUCAAGCUUAUAAAGACUAGCCCGGAGCUCUCAGACUCCUCCAACUGGUUCCCGGAGUCUUACAUCAUCUAUCCCACCAACCUCAACACUCCUGUGGCUCCCGCCACAAAUGGCCUCAGCCAUCUGAAGAGCAAUCCCAAGACAGACGAGCGAGAAGUUUUCUUGGCUUCCUUUCACUCCAAGAAAGAAAGUGGGGAGGGGACAGUGUGGAUUGCCAAGUCAUCUGCCGGAGCUAAAGGUGCUGGUAUUGUGAUAUCGCACGAUGCUAACCACCUGCUAGAGUACAUCGACAACCAGGGACAGGUUCAUGUCAUUCAAAAGUACCUGGAGAAACCUCUACUUCUGGAACCUGGACAUCGUAAGUUUGACAUCAGGAGCUGGGUCCUUGUGGAUCACAAUUACAACAUCUAUUUAUACCGAGAAGGUGUGCUGCGGACAUCCUCUGAGCCAUACAACAGCUCAGACCUCCAGGACAUGACAAGCCACCUAACCAACCACUGCAUCCAGAAGGAGCACUCACAGAACUAUGGCCGCUAUGAGGAAGGGAAUGAGAUGUUCUUUGACGAGUUCCGUCUGUACCUGCUCAACACUCACAAUGUCACCCUGGAGACCACCAUAUUACCUCAGAUCAAGCAAAUCAUCAAGAGCUGUCUGGCAUGCAUUGAACCAGCCAUCAGCACCAAACAUCUCUCCUACCAGAGCUUCCAGCUGUUUGGCUUUGACUUCAUGGUGGACGAGAAGUUCAAAGUGUGGCUCAUCGAGAUCAACGGAGCGCCAGCCUGCGCACAGAAGCUGUACCCAGAGCUGUGUCAAGGUAUCGUGGACGUAGCCAUUUCCAGCGUCUUCACCCUGAACAAUAGUGGUGACUCCUCGUCAUCGUCGCCUUAUUCUUCCUCUCCAUCAUCCCUGUUUGCCACUAACGCUUGUUCUUCACCCAAGCUGAGAGGGCCGCUUCACGUGGGCCCUUUUACUCGACUCUAAGCAUGGCAAAUCAUUCCCGUCCCUCUCCACUGCUGGAAGAGCAACAAACGCCGUCAAUUGUAACCGGAACAUUGAUUGUUACCUCGUCUUUCAUGCAUGUCUCUAUGAAUGCAAGCAAGGAUUUACAGAGGAUGUAUUUGUUUAUUUGAAACAUGAAAGGAAUUCCUCCUGUUUUUCCCAUGAUAGAUUCUUGGGUGGCCGAAGGAUGCAGAGACGCUCCUCCGAAUGAGACAGUAGUGCCUUACAUAUCCAGCCAUGUAAUAACCCAUCAACAUUCCUCACCGUGCUCACAGUCGCAACACAAAGAGGCUAGGAAUCCCAAGUUUUAGCAAAACUGCCCUUUUGCCUCUCUACGAGGACCAAGAUCCAGAAUUUUCUUGUCCUCGGUUCCCCCCAAGGCACAUGGAUGUUUUUUCAUGAAAGGAGAAACACGGAGAUGUUUGCAUCUUCACACAAAUCAAUGCUGCAACUGUAUCCAGUAUAUACAGUAUCCACACACAGGCUCCGCUGUUGUUGAAAGACAUCACCGGCUCACUAAGUAGUGCAGUGUUUCCCAUACGGCCCGCCACAAACAAAUUUGGACCGCUACAUCUAGAUUUGGCGCAAGCCGAUCGCCCUCGCUCAUAAAGACAUACUAAUGGGACUGUCGAUGUAAUUCCGUUUCUUAACACACCUUAUAUGAGAAGAAGAUGAUAUAAAAGAAGAUGUAGCAGGAGGGAUCAGUGUUGCCAAAUUAGCAACAUUGUCGCUAUAUGUAACGAGUAGUCAGACCCUUGGAUAAUCCUUUUGGAAAAAAGCAACGGGCAAAAAAAAUCUAAUGAAGAAACUUCAGAGUGGCAAAUGUGUGUUCAAGUUAAAGAGCACGGCAGUUUGUCUUCUAUUUUGUGGAGUCAUUAAGAUGUGACAGCGUUUUACUUUUGCGUCUUGCCUAACUGUGGUGCGUUCAAGUAUCGCUGAAGAAAGUACGAAAUGUUAAUGCUUGACGAAAAGGUUUAUCAAGGAAAAAAGGCUAAAACGUAAAAAUAGUGGGCUUUCUAACAGAAACACUGGCAUGAAAGCACGCAUCGUUCUCAACAAGCAGCAGGUGCUGCUGUUUGUCCCUCCCCCGUGCUGACGACUUGUUUGUGACAUUUAUAAAAAAUGGGGGGGGAAAAGACAAAAAGAAGUGAGCGAAGAAAGCUCUAAACGUUGUGCUUUUCAUGGUUUCACUCACUUUUUGUCGCCAACUCCCUUACAGUGUCCAUUACAUUUACAUGCAAAUGCAUUAUGGCCAGUUAUGCAAAUGAGACAGUUACGUCACAUCGCCCCCACCCAUCCCGUCACCACCACAAAUAGAUUGCAGCCCUGUGGGAAACACUGUAGCGACAUGUGUUGUUGACUAUUACUUCUUCCUAUCGAUGUCAUUUUAGUUAGCCUGGCAGAUGCUGCAUGUUUCCCCGUUGGUUCGUAGUUUCUUCAUUGUAUCUCUCCAAAACUCCCUGCUUCUCAAGUUUUACUUUGUUUGUGUCAUAGGUCAAAGGACAGCUUAUUUAUAUUUUGUGUCUUUGUGUUGACGCUCAAGAAUGAAGGCUCAAAAGAAUCCAUUGUGUGAUGUAUUUUAAAGGUCACCUUCCUCCUAAAUUCUAUGAUGAUCCAUAGACAACACUGUGCUUCAGAAGGAUCCAGCGACUGAGAAAAUACAAUUCCAUUCUUGCAUUCAUUAUUACAGAGCCCUCUUGUGGCUGAAAAGGAAUGAUUGAAAGGUCUAUAAUGAAAGCAGAGAAAGACUUUUUAGGCCAUUGUUUUGUCAAAUUAGUUACAAUAUUAGUAUAAUUUAAGUCAAAAGGAAAAAAUAUAUAUUUGUAUUGCAUUUUAGUGGGAUUCUCUCCUCAUCAAGGGGAAAGGUGCCUUGGUGGGUAUUGUGUUUUUUUUCUUUUAAAAAGCAUCUGUACCUUUGGUAUAAAUUUGCCUCAUUAAUCAAUCGACCUCAUGAGUCCUGGAUGUGUUCAUCCCAUCCCAACCAAAGAUGAAAAUCAUGCUGUGUGUUCUAUGUUAAAUAGGUUCUCAAAUCACGUGUCACGGUGACUGUCAUCUGAAUAUGAGCUCAUCAAUUGUAUGAAAUCCAGUGUGCAUUCAGGGACGUAUAGGUGUUUUUGUUUGCUGUGGUGUGUUCUUCAAAAUGUUGCAUGGUCGUUUCUCAUAAAACUAUUGCUGGAAUAAAAACAAAG